AUGCGAUUCACUAUUACUUCUUCUAUUGCUCUUUUAUGUUUGGCUAACUCAGUAUACGGUGCUGAUCUUCAACAUGCUUCAUCAGCUGUAGGUCUCUCCAGUGCAAGUGCUAGUGCAAGCCACUCUCUUUCUGCUUCCAAUUCAAUUUCCGCAUCCUCUAUGAUCACUCGUCCCUCUGAUGUUCCUUCUCAUCAUAAUCAAGUGGAUAAACGUAACAUCAUCGAUUUUUUCAAGAGAUUGAUCGAUCCUAACGCUGAACAACAAGCCAGUGCUAGUCAAAGUGUUCAUGCUAGUGCUAGUGCAUCAGCAUCUAUUUCUGCCGCUUCAUCAUCUGCUUCUUCCGAUGUGCAUCCAUCAUUAGAAAAAAGAGAAUUUAAAGACCUUUUGCAAAUGCUUCGAGGUGAAUCACAUGUCUCUGUAUCACUCUCCGCCUCUGCAUCUGCUCCUGCAUCAGCAUCUGCUUCUUCUGUUUCGGCUCAUGCUCAUGGUAAGCGUGAUAUGAUGGUAUCUGUAUUGGCUGCCAAACAAUCUGCCUCUGCUUCCAGUCGUCUUCAAUCAUCAGCAUUACCUUCUCCAUCAUCCGUCAUCAACAACAACAACAACAAAGCUCAUCAUCGUUACUCUGGUCAUCACCUCAAGCGUCAAAAUAGUAAUACCGAUGAUGAUCAUCAUUCUUCAUCUGCUUAUCAUCGUGCUUCAGCUUCAGCAUCUGCCUCAAACAGUAAAUCUUAUUCCAUCAGUGCUAAUCAUCAUGUUAAACGCGCUCCUAGUAGCAGUAUUGCACCUUCUGCCUCUGCCUCUCUAUCUGCUUCUGCCUCUAAUCUUUCUUCCCGUCGUCAUGUCAAGCGUGCUCCUAGUAGCAGUAUUGCUCCAUCUGCAUCUGCCUCUGCCUCUGCCUCUGCAUCCGCCUCCAAUAUUUCUUCCCGUCUUCAUGCCAAGCGCGCUCUUAGCAGCAGUAUUGCUCCAUCUGCCUCUGCCUCUGCCUCUGCCUCUGCAUCCGCCUCUAAUAUUUCUUCUCGUCUUCAUGCCAAGCGUGCUCUUAGCAGUAGUGUUGCUCCAUCUGCCUCUGCCUCUGCCUCUAUCUCUCAAUCCGCAUCUGCCUCUAAUCUUUCCGCUCGUCAUCAUGGUAAACGCGCUAGUAUGUCAUCCUCUGCUGGUGUAUCUGCUUCUGCCUCUCAUCAAAGUGCUCCCAUCAGUGCUCGUAAAAUGGCGUCUGCUUCUGUUUCUCCCUCUGCGUCCGUUUCUGCAAGCGAAAAUGUUCCUGCUCCCACUAAUAUCCCCACUGAUGAUGAAGAAGAUUUGAUUAGCAUUGAUGAUGUUGCUGAAUUGUUUGGUGAUGCCUACUUGGAACAAGGUGAAUUGGAUCAAGUUGAAGAUUUUGCUGAAGUUGAUGAUCCUUUGUCCUGGAUUAAAGAUGAUGUUGCUGAAACUAAAUGGAAGGGUUAUAACUACAAGGAAUAUUAA